AUGGCCUCGAACGGGCAACUACUCGCGCAUCGCAACUACUACGGGACGACCGGCUAUGGCUCACCACCACCAUUCGAUACCUCACGGCCCAAGCUGAAGCCCGCAGAGCGAGAGCUAGCAGACUUCACGCUCCUCGAAGCCCUCGACCGCGACGACCGCCCUACCUUCGCCGUCGAAACACGCUCGUCCCUAGGCCACGAUGAAGCCCACACUAUAGAACUCGUGUAUGCGAACACGGCGCUUCACACCGUUGGCGGGCUUAUGACCAAGAUCACAGGCGACGAGUCGACUAGCUUGUUCGCGCAGAGCUCGGGACCGCAACUUGCCUUCCGGAAUUGGAUUCGUGGGCAAGGCAUUGAGGAGGACCUACAACAACACGGCAAUGCAUACACAUUCGAAGGGCACGUAUGGAAUGCGACAAGUGUGGGGCGCUACAAGAUUGUCAGCGGAGUGCCAACGCGACUGCUGUGGGUCGACGCCGCCCCAGGAGGAAAGAGCCACCGCACACUCCGACGCGAGCGGAAAACGCCUUGGCCUGGGAGCAAGCAUCGCGCGGAUGCACUACCCAUCAAGCCCCAGCUGUCGCUUGCUCAGAUAUCACAAACGCCCGAGCCCGGAACCAGCUCUUCUGGAAACCAAGGCGCAGUACCGCACACGUCCUUCGACUGUACUUCUGAUGUACUCACCUCAACCAGCCCGCACAUCGAGUACUUCCGCAGUGUGGAUUGGGCAACCGUCAUGUUCUGGGGCGACGAUGUCAUCAUGUUAUACAACGAGCCAUACGUCCAACUCCUUGGCAGCCUCCAUCCAUGCAUGGGCGAAAGUGUCCGCGUCAAGGCGCCUGAUCACUGGGUCUCGUUUCAGCCUCUGGUAGACUACAUCAAAUCAACAGGCGAGUCAAUAGCCGAACCUGACAUGCUCCUCUUCAUCGAGAGAGACAAGAUCCUUGAAGAGACACACUGGUCCUUUCAAUUCGUCCCGAUACUGGACACGGACGGCCAGGUGGCAGCCUACUACCAGUCCUUCUACGAAGUUUCCAACCACCGUAUCCUCGAGCGCCGCGUCUCUAGUCUGGUCGCAAUGGGAACCCAGAGUGCGAAUGCCAGAGAUUUUCCGUCAUUUUGGGAGACUACAUUGCGCUCACUGAGCUUGAACGAUAAAGAUGUGCCAUUUGCUUUGUUAUAUGCUGCCGAGCGGCAUGUUAGCGCUCAAAUACCUUCAGUAUCAUCACCCGGUAGCAUUCCUCCGUUGGAAGGUUGCGUUCUCAAGGGUACCAUUGGCGUUUCAGCUGACCAUUCCAUCGCCCCCGCGACCAUCCAUAUCAACGAAGACUCUUACAUCCUCCAGCCGUUCCUCAGUCGUGCCGCCAAGUCCGGGAAAGCGACCGUUGUUCACGUCGAGGACCUUCCCGAUCCAACAAGGGCCUUGCAAGGCAUCGACUGGAAAGGAUAUGGUGACCCUUGUCGCACCCUGGUCAUCUGUCCAAUAAUACCCACCACUGGAAACCAGGUAGAAGGUUUUCUCAUAAUUGGCAUAAAUCCGCGCCGCCCCUUCGACGAAGAGUACCAGCAAUACCUACAUGUCAUGGUGCGGUUAUUGGCUACGUCUCUUGCUUCCAUCGUUCUUUUUGAAGAUGAAGUCCGACAAAGAGAAAACGCCAUCAUCCAGGCUGCUCAGAUCCAAGAACAUCUGAUGGCGGAGAUACAACUCAAAGAAAGCAAGUUUCAGCGCUUCGCGGAACGAUCCGACGUAGGCAUAUUUAUCAUUGAUCCGGCAGGAACUUACACUUACCGUAAUCAACGAUGGCAUGAUAUAUUUGAGAUCGCAUCCUCUGAUGACAACGCCACCGUGGCAUGGCAUAAAAUCGCGUUCGAAGAGGACAUCGCUUACUGCCAAUCAAUGUUCGCAAAACUAAUCAUGAAUCACGAAUCAGUUAUCUUUGAGCUGCGUACGCGGAUGCCCUGGACGCCGCCGUCAGAGUCAGAUGAGCCGCAGACUGAGGAUACCCAGCACUUUAAGUGGAUUUUGUGUUCAGCCUUCCCAGAGUUGGGUCCGAAUGGCGAUCUUGUCGAGGUCGUUGGGAAUGUCACAGAUAUAUCCAAGCAGAAGUGGGCGGAAGGCAUUCAAAAGAUACGCAUGGACAGCGCACUGCAAGGCAAACAACACCUAGAACACUUUCUGGACACGACGAGUCAUGAGAUGCGAAACCCUCUCAGCGCCAUCAUGCAAUGCGCGGAUUCUAUCACGUCUUCCUAUCCCCAAGAAGAUUACCAAGAGCGCCACAACACCACACCAAACGAGUGGACAGCCUUCAUCGAGUCUACCCUUGACGCUGCCCAGACAAUAGGAGUUUGCGCAUCACACAUGAAGCACAUAGUCGACGAUAUUCUCACCAUCUCCAAACUCGAUUCGGGUCUCUUGGAUAUGACACCGGUCAUUGCGCAACCCGAGAGUGUGGUUAUGCACGCAGUGAAAAUGUUCGACGCAGAAGCAAGAGCAGCAGGUAUCAACCUCGUGUUGAACGUGGAUCAAUCCUAUCGCAACAUGGAGAUCGACUGGGCAUCUCUGGAUCCAACAAGAGUGUUGCAGAUUCUGAUCAAUCUUCUCACCAAUGCCAUCAAGUUCACGCGCUUGGAGUCUACCAAGCGUGUAACAGUGACUCUGGCCGCCAGUAGCACUGAACCCGUCUCGACGCUACAUGGAAUACAGUAUAACGAGGAGAGGCUAGUAGGACAAGAUCCCCACUUGGAAGAAGAUUGGAAGAAAGCUCAAGAGUUAUUCUACAUUCAAUUUGCCGUCACUGAUACGGGCCGUGGACUUUCCGACGAAGAAAAGUGCAAUCUCUUCACCCGCUUUUCACAAGCCUCACCUCGGACGCACAUACACUACGGUGGCUCUGGCCUUGGGUUAUUCAUAUCUAGACGUCUCACCGAACUACAAGGCGGAUCAAUCGGCGUCGCGAGUGAGUCUGGAAGAGGCAGUACGUUUGCCUUCUACAUCAAAUCACGGCGGGCGAGACCUAUUGUAGCCCGAAAAGGCAGUCUUCCGCAUGUUUUCCCAGAAGAGAUCAAGCACAGACGCCCGAUACCGCUUGUAAGCCUAACGCGUCCGUCUCCUCCCGUGCGCAUAUCCACAGGCGAGCAAGGUCAAAGAUCAGACUCUGCCAGUCCAAAAGCCCGCCGCCCGUCGGUGCAAUCGAAAUCCUCGCAGACUGAACACUCUCACGUUCGGCCGGAAGCGCUAGGACUACCAGAAGGCCCCGAUCUGCAAGAAUUGAAGCGCACAAAGAGUAUACCAGAUACGCUGCACGUUCUUGUAGUGGAAGACAAUCUCAUCAACCAGCGCGUUCUCGCCAAACAGCUGCGCAAUUUGGGAUGUGUUGUGAGCGUUGCCAACCAUGGUCAAGAAGCCCUUGACUUCCUACCAAAGACCAGUUUGUGGAAACACGAUCAAGCUACUGGCGACGCGAUCGCGCGAGAGGACCUCCAUGAUGGCGAACUGCCCAUCGAACUCAGCCUCAUCCUCAUGGACUGGGAGAUGCCAAUUAUGAACGGACUUACGGCCGUUGCCGAGAUACGGAAGCUCGAGCAACAGGGCUUGUUGAAGGAGCGGGUGCCAAUCAUCGGGGUCACGGCCAACGUGCGCCAACAGCAGAUCGAGCAAGCUAUGGCUGCGGGAAUGGACGAUGUUGUUGGUAAGCCUUUUAGGGUUGCAGAGUUGCUCGUGCGGAUGAGAGGGAUAGUUGCUGGCAUGGAGCCCGAGGGACCAAAUAGUGCGACCUUAACUGAGGGGUAUGCGAGCUUUGGAUGA